AUGGGCAAACAUGACACGGGGACUUGUGACUUCUGUGGACAGGAGGAGACGUUUGAGCAUGUAGUGUUGGAGUGCGAUAAGUAUAAGCGAGAAAGGGAAAGAUUGCAGUUUGAAUUGCAAGAAAAUAGUGUUCACCUAAGGGAGAAGAAGAAGAAGAAGAAGAUACAGGCAUCGCUAGGUGAGCUUGAUACAUGCGUCGGUGCGUCAGUGUUGCAGGACCCAUCACUAGCUACAAGUGAUGGACGCGAUUAUUUUCAGAGAACACGUCUCUUCUGGAUGGUCACCCUGUCAGUGGCGCUGAUAUAUUUCGCUUGCACGGUGUUUGCACCAGAUGUAGUCCCAUUUGAGCUCCUUGGUCCAUUUGGCACCUUCUCCAAAAACCUUGCGUAUAACCAUCCUGAUCUACUGUACAAAGGAUGGUGGUUGGCCUGUGCUAUUCAUCUUUCUGAGGCCCUGGUUGCACUGAAGUUGUGCAGUAACAAAGGCAUCAAGGACAUGUCCACUCGGUGCCUGUGGUUUAUCCAGACCUUUCUGUUUGGCUUCGCCUCCCUCCACCUGCUAAUUAAGUACGACCCAGAGCGUUCCAAGCAGGACUGACCUUACCAGGAGAAGCCUACAGAACAACACAUCUGAAUCUAGAGACCCCUUCUUGGGGCCUCAACUUCUUCCACUGUUCACUUUGAUUAUAAGAUCCUGCUGGAGAGCAUGAAAUGGAGCAAUACUCUUGAGCCUUUUCUUUAAUAGUGUUUCUUUUAAUAGAAUUCCAAAGACAUAUCUUUGAUAGAAACGCUAGAAAUUUUCUUACAUAGUUUACAAAAUAUCUUUAAUUCCUGUAAUAGAGCUCAAUGUUUCAUUCCAUAUUUUCUAGAGCUGAGGGAGAACGGUGCUACCUUUUCAGAAAUAAUAUAUUUUAAAGUUUGUCUUGAUGGUGAUAACUAGGGACAAGGGUUAUUUAAAUAUGAGUGUUCUCUUGAUGAAUUUGAGUGCAGUACAUGGAACAAAUUUUAGAACAGAUUACCUAAAGGUGUUUACAUUCAGCCUACGUGGUGCAGUACAGGUGGGUUGGUUUUUGAGGGUUUUCCCUUUUUUCUCAGCUGCUCGGAUGAACAGGAUGCCUGACACGUUUGCUACAGAUGGUAUUUUUGCCGUCACCCUCAAAAGUGCUCUUGGAUUAAAUAAAGAGGGGAGCUGCUGUCAAAUUUGCCUUUCUCAGAUUAAAGUGCUGUGAUUCAGUCUUAAUAUUGACACUACAAAAUAAAGGAUGACUGAACUGAAUCCACUGUGGGGUGUUUUCUUUAUUAUUCAUUUUUUUUUAAUAGCAUUUGUGUGAUUUGAGAUGAAUGAAGCAGUCUCACCGCUUUCUUCAAUUCAGAUUUAUUUAUGUAGUGGCAAAUCAAAACAGCCCUCAAGGUGCUUUAUACUGUGAGGUACGUGCCUUUCAGUAGUCCAGAGAAAACUGCAAUUAAAUGGGCAGGUAUUGGGUAACAAUGGGAAGGAAGAACUUCCUUUUAACAGAAGUCUCAAGACAAAAAUUUAAUGACCUCCUGUUGUGGUGUCUAAACAUAGGGUAUUCUCAAUGACCCACAUGAUGUUCUGCAGCAGUCUGAAACUAUGGCAACAUGACAGGGUUCAGGGUCACCUGAUCAGCCCUAACUAUAUACUUUAGUCUCAAAACUUUGCUACAGAGUAAGACUGGAUUUUGUGGAUCCUUUACCCAAAACUAAAUCCACAUGUAAACACACAUCGUGACAAGAUUCCCAGAGGCUAUAACAUUUUUUUUUUUUUCCCACCUUUACCAAAAGUUCCUUAAACUGACCAAGGCUCAUAUUUCAUGUAAAAGGGUUCGAGAUGAAUCCAACUGUUACCAUUUAGAGUCUCAAUUAUCUAUAGAAAGACUCAAUCAGACACUUCAAACCAUGUGGUGCAAGUUUUGCCUUCGGUUUGGUAGAGAGUGUGCCGUCUGCUGUUGUCUUCUGUGAGAGAACCUGCCUAAGAAAGGUUGUUGGUGCCCCCCCCAAGUCAGCAGUUUCUGAAAGAAACUCCAUUACGCCCAUCAGUUAGCCAAAGGAAAACCAUGCUCAGUCUAAGAUGAAGGCCCAUUAUGACAAAAAGACUGUUUUCAGGACUCUUUAAACAGGUGAGAACAUUUUUUGGUCCAGCUUGCAAGCACAGUUUGCUGGAUCCUGCCUAGUAAGUUAUGUAAUCCAAAUAACUAGGAUCUGCCAUAUGAACAUGUUGAAAUGUUACUUUCCAAGAAGCAGCCCGGCUGCUCCACUAUCACUGUGUGCGAUUGCUUAAUAUAAACCCUCUGAUGAUGGGCUGAUUUAAAAAGGUGUUUGUGUUUGGUGCUCAGUUAAAAAAUUCUCAUUGUUAGGUAUUAGAUCAUUUAGAGUUCAUCCUGUCCCAUCUGUCUGAAUCUGCUUGGGAUGAUAUAGUCUGCCUGAUCCAGGAUUCUCUAUGAGCUAACUAACCCUCCCAUGGGAGUAUUUAGCUCACUGAAGAACUUUGAAUGCUUUGAAUCUGCUAGAGCAUUAUUGUGUAACACCCAAUUUUGCACUUCCUUUCAACUGUCCUUUCACAGGGUAUAGAUCAUCCCAUCUGCUACUUUUCCAAGAAGUUCACAAACAGCUAAACUGUAGCACUAUUGAAAAGGAAGUCCUUGCCUUGCAGAACUGUGAAAUCUACAUUAAGUCUAGGUCACAAUCAAUUCAAGUGUUCACUGAACAUAAUCCAUUUCAGAUGAAAAACUCAAACCAGAGACUGAUGCGCUGGUGUCUUCUUAUACAAGAUUUCAAUUUGCUGAUUAAUUAAAAAAACAAACAAACACUGGGAAUGUAAUGACAGACGCAAAGUACAAGACCCCAUCCACUGGGGUCCCAGAAAUCUUCCUGUAAAAUCUGUACUAAGAUUACCAGGUCAGCCAUAUUUUCAAGUGCAGACAUGCUCUAAUCUACUUGAUUUACCAAGUUCCAAAGGUUUCCUAUAGACUGCCAUCUGAUGCUGCUAUGUUCUCCCUUGUCACCACCUUCCAGUUGCCUAUCUGUUCCAGAUUGCAGCUCUUGCAGUCUGAAAGAGUGCAGGAAGAUAUAACUGUGUGUACCUGUGUGUUUGUUCCUUCGUCUUCUUGAAGUAUUCACCACAGCUCUUCCCGUCCUUUUUGUAAAAUCCACUGUCAUGUCCUUCUGCAUUUCUCUCCUUAACACCAUAUCUACGCAACACUUCUUCAUCACCUCUGCUCCCUUCACCUCCAUGUCCCCUGUAAUCUGCUCUAAUCACUCAUCUCCUCCUGGGGACACUCUCUACCCCUUCAUUCAUCUCAAAAAUUCUCUUUUAUCUUGUGACAGCCAACUUGUGCAUACACACUGACAACAUUCAACAUCACCCCUUUGAUUUCCAGCUUUGAUCUCACAAUCACUAGUCACACACUCUCCCUUCAAAAUUACCCCAACUCCAUUUCUCUUCCUACCUACACCAUGUUAGAACGGCUUCAAUCAACCUCCACUGCUCCUAGUUUUGCUUCUCUUCCAUCCAAUAUAUCUGCCUUUCUUCUCUCCAUCAUAUCAUCGCCCUCUUUACCAGUCAUAUAUUUAAACCACCACACUCUUGCCUUUCCUCCUCUCUUGCUACCCCUUAAGAUGCUAUUUAUUUGUCUUUGGCCAACAGUAGUACAAUUUCCACCAGAAUCCUUCUGACCAACAGAGGCGGUCAUUGUUAACCUGAGCUUUGACCAAACUGCUAUGGAAAUCUCAUUCUUUAUCAUCCAUGUGUUUGAUUUGGCCAACAUUUUAUACCACAUGCCCUUCCUGGUGGAGCCCCUCUCCAUUUAGCCAAGUCUGGUACUAGCACUAGGAGUACACUGGCUUGUAACCCCCCUAUGUCUGGGUCAAAUGUUUAAUUAAACACUUACUUAAAUGAUUGUAUGUAGAUUAUGUAGCUUAUCUACUUAUGUUAAUUAUGUAGCCCAAUUAGCAAAGUAAUAAUAAUUGUUAAUGUAAGAAGUUAUCGUUUCCUGGCUAGGAGCUUUAGCCGUUUCGGGAAACCUUGGACUCAUCAAUCACAGCUCUGAAUGUAUCUCUUCUGACAAGAAGCUGUUUGUGUAUGACGUGGGCUAAAGCAGCGUGCGACGUGGGCCAAAUCAGGCUAAAGCAGUAGCACGGGGUCACAAUUAGUGAUGGGAUUUCCGGCUCUUUUUAGAGAACCGGCUCUUUCGGUUCGACUCACUAAAAAGAGCCGGCUCUUUCGGCUCCGAACCGGC